AUGCCCAGGUUUCAUAUGCCCAAAUUUGGAAUUUCGCUGCCCAAAGGGAAAGGUGUUCCAGAAGGAGAAAUCGGCGUCCCUUCUAUGGAAGCAGACCUACCCAAGGCAGAAUUGAUAACGGAAAUAACACUGCCCUCUGCGCAGCUUGAAGCUGAACUUAAGCUGCCAGAAGUGGAGGUAGAUGCACCUAGCUUGGACAUGGAGAUUGAAGAUAAGGGCAAAAUGAAAAUUCCUGAAGUGAAGAAGCCCAGCGUCAAGGUCCCCAAGGUCAAAGGGCCAGAAGUAGGGAUCUCUCUGCCAAAGGUUGAGGCUGAUAUCACCAUUCCCAAAGUAAAAGCUGAACUGUCUGAUGGUGCAGAGGUAAAAUUACCAGAGGCUGAAGGCACCAUCGAUGGGGGAGGACUGAAGAUACACAUGCCAAAGUUCAAGAUGCCCAGGAUGGGAUUUUCCAAACCAGACAUCAAGGGCCCCAAAGUCGAUGUGGAUGUCAGUAUGCCUAAAGUGGACCUUUCCCUUCCCAAAGCUGACCUCCAUGUUGGGAAACCUGAGGUGAAGGGAGGAGAUACUACCAUAUCGGCACCUGAAGUAAAGAUUCCAACGGCUUCGGCCAGCCUGGAACUGAAAGCUCCCGACGUAGCCAUAGAGCCUCCAUCUGGAAAGGUUUCUGUGCAGGGCCCCGAUGUCAAGCUGGAAAGUGGGGAUAUGAAAUUCCAAAUGCCCAAGUUCCAUAUGCCCAAAUUUGGAAUUUCGCUGCCCAAAGGGACAGGUGUACCAGAGGCAGAAAUCGGCAUCCCUUCUGUGGAAGCAGACCUGCCGAAGACAGAAUUGAAAGCGGAAAUAACACUGCCCUCUCCGCAGCUUGAAGCUGACCUUAAGCUGCCAGAAAUGGAGGUAGAUGCACCUAGCUUGGACGUGGAGAUUGGACAUAAGGGCAAAAUGAAAAUGCCUGAAGUGAAGAUGCCUAGUGUCAAGGUCCCCAAGAUCAAAGGGCCAGAAGUAGGGAUCUCUCUGCCAAAGGUUGGGGCUGAUAUCACGAUAACCAAAGUAAAAGCUGAACUGUCUGAUAGUGCAGAGGCUGUAAAAUUGCCAGAGGCUGAAGGCACCAUCGAUGGGGCAGGACUGAAGAUACACAUGCCAAAGUUCAAGAUGCCCAGGAUGGAAUUUCCCAAACCAGACAUCAAGGGCCCUAAAGUCGAUGUGGAUGUCAGUAUGCCUAAAGUGGACCUUUCCCUUCCCAAAGCUGACCUCCAUAUUGAGAAACCUGAAGUGAAGGGAGGAGACAUUACCAUAUCAUCAUCUGAAGAAAAGAUUCCAACAGACUCUGCCAGCCUGGAACUGAAAGCUCCCGACGUAGCCAUAGAGCCUCCAUCUGGAAAGGUUUCAGUGCAGGGCCCUGAUGUCAAGCUGGAAAGCGGAGAUAGAAAGUUCCAAAUGCCCAAGUUCCAUAUGCCCAAAUUUGGAAUUUCAAUGCCCAAAGGGACAGGUAUCCCAGAGGCAGAAAUCGGCAUCUCUUCUGUGGAAGCAGACUUACCCAAGACAGAAUUGAAAAAGGAAAUAACAUUGCCCUCUGCGCAACUUGAAGCUGAUCUUAAGCUGCCCGAAGUGGAGGUAGAUGCACCCAGCUUGGAUGUGGAGAUUGGAGAUAUGGGCAAAAUGAAAAUUCCUAAAGCAAAGAUGCCUAGCGUCAAGGUCCCCAAGGUCAAAGGGCCAGAAGUUGGUAUCUCCCUGCCAAAGGUUGAGGUUGAUGUCACCGUUCCCAAAGUAAAAGCUGAAGUGUCUGAUGGUGCAGAGGUAAAAUUGCCAGAGGCUGAAGGCGCCAUCGACAGGGAAGGACUGAAAAUACACAUGCCAAAGUUCAAGAUGCCUAGCAUGGGAUUCUCCAAACCAGACAUCAAGGGCCCCAAAGUCGAUGUGGAUGUCAGUAUGCCUAAAGUGGACAUUUCUCUUCCCGAAGCUGAGAUCCAGGUUGAGAAACCUGAAGUGAAGGGAGGAGACAUUAUCAUAUCAUCUCCUGAAGUAAAGAUUCCAAAAGACUUGGCCAGCCUGGAAUUGAAAGCUCCCGACGUAGCCAUAGAGCCUCCAUCUGGAAAGGUUUCUGUGCAGGGCCCCGAUGUCAAGCUGAAAAGCGGGGAUAGGAAGUUCCAAAUGCCCAGGUUUCAUAUGCCCAAAUUUGGAAUUUCGCUGCCCAAAGAGAAAGGUAUACCAGAGGCAGAAAUCGGCGUCCCUUCUAUGGAAGCAGACCUGCCCAAGGCAGAAUUGAUAACGGAAAUAACACUGCCCUCUGCGCAGCUUGAAGCUGAACUUAAGCUGCCAGAAAUGGAGGUAGAUGCACCUAGCAUGGACGUGGAGAUUGGAGAUAAGGGCAAAAUCAAAAUGCCUGAAGUGAAGAUGCCUAGCGUCAAGGUCCCCAAGAUCAAAGGGCCAGAAGUAGGGAUCUCUCUGCCAAAGGUUGGGGCUGAUAUCACCAUACCCAAAGUAAAAGCUGAACUGUCUGAUAGUGCAGAGGCUGUAAAAUUGCCAGAGGCUGAAGGCACCAUCGAUGGGGGAGAAUCUAUGGAAGUGACAUUACAAACAGAAGUGGAAUCUGGCGCAAGUGGAUUCAGUGUGGCCGGUGGGGGAGCCGAAGGCCUAUUUGUGAAGCAAGUGCUCAAGGAGUCCUCAGCAUCAAAACUAUUUAGUCUAAGAGAAGGACUGAAGAUACACAUGCCAAAGUUCAAGAUGCCCAGCAUGGGAUUCUCCAAACCAGACAUCAAGGGCCAUAAAGUCGAUGUGGAUGUCAGUAUGCCUAAAGUGGACCAUUCCCUUCUGGAAGUUGAGCUCCAUGUUGAGAAACCUGAGGUGAAAGGAGGAGAUAUUACUGUAUCUGCAUCUGAAGUAAAGAUUCCAACGGGCUCUGCCCGCCUGGACCUGAAAGCUCCCGACGUAGCCAUAGAGCCUGCAUCUGGUAAGGUUUCUGUGCAGGGCCCCGAUGUCAAGCUGGAAAGCGGAGAUAGGAAGUUCCAAAUGCCCAAGUUCCAUAUGCCCAAAUUUGGAAUUUCGCUGCCCAAAGGGAAAGGUGUCCCAGAGGCAGAAACUGACGUCCCUUCUGUGGAAGCACACUUGCCCAAGAAAGAAUUAAAAAUGGAAAUAACACUGCCCUCUGCACAGUUUGAAGCUGAUCUUAAGGUGCCAGAAGUGGAGGUAGAUGCACCUAGCUUGGACGUAGAGAUUGGAGAUAAGGGCAAAAUCAAAACUCCUAAAGCAAAGACGCCUAGCGUCAAGGUCCCCAAGGUCAAAGGGCCAGAAGUUGGGCUCUCCCUGCUGAAGGUUGAAGCUGAAGUUGCCCUUCCCAAAGUAAAAGCUGAGGUGUCUGAUGGUGCACAGGCUGUAAAAUUGCCAGAGACUGAAGGCACCAUCGACGGGGGAGGACUGAAGAUACACAUGCCAAAGUUCAAGAUGCCCAGCAUGGGAUUCUCCAAACCAGACAUCAAGGGCCAUAAAGUCGAUGUGGAUGUCAGUAUGCCUAAAGUGGACCUUUCUCUUCCGGAAGCUGAGCUCCAUGUUGAGAAACCUCAGGUGAAAGGAGGAGAUAUUACCAUAUCUGCACCUGAAGUAAAGAUUCCAACAGACUCGGCCAGCCUGGAACUGAAAGCUCCCGACAUAGCCGUAGAGCCAGCAUCCGGAAAGGUUUCGGUACAGGGCCCCGAUGUCAGUCUGGAAAGUGGGGAUAUGAAAUUCCAAAUGCCCAAGUUCCAUAUGCCCAAAUUUGGA